UUACAAAUUUUGAAACUCUCUUUCCCUUUGCCAAAUCAAUGGCGCCGAAGAAGAAAAAAAGAGUUCCGGAGUUUCUGUGGAGUUUGUUCGGCGACCGCGCGCGGUCUCUCGCUGAUACUAUCUUGGAUUUCAUCCUUCCUCUUCCUCCGCCGGCCUCCUGCACCUACAAAGCCCACCCCCGCUGCCUCUAUUGCAGCGCCGACGAAGCCAUGUCGUUCCUCCUCAGAUCUACCGAUGACGACGACUACCGCGACCUUCUCAAUCGUUGCUUUGUGGUUGUCUCCGAGGACGCCCCUCCCCCUCCCGCCUUCGAUCAUCACUGCCGCUGGUCGCAACUCGCGCUUGUGAGAAGAACUAUUGAGUUUAUACUGCAUCAGCAGCCCACCACUGCAAAUCUUAUAUGCCGCCAAUAUGAUAAAGAGGCCCAGUCUAGUCCUGCAGUUGCCCAACUCUCAUCUGAAAACUGGACUCUCCUCUUAAAAAGGGUCGGUGAUACUCUCAUGAUGUAUUUGUUAAAUCAUACUUCAAUAUUUCUUCCUCUUCCUCUGAAUGAGUACCAUCAGAUUUCUGGUAUUUCCCUUGCCAGUUUGGGCUCCAACGUCCCAAGACUCAUGCCUACGCCUAGAGCUCAGCAUCAUCCACAAGGGUCGAAUUAUGUUUUACAAGAGCUUCCUCAAACACAAACUGAACGUAACUCUAACCAAAAUACUGUUAAGCCUCGGAGGCAAAUACGGGAGCAUAGCUGGCAGCGUAAAAGAAAGCGCAAGCACUUGGCUCUCAUGGGAAUACCUUCUUUCUCCUCAUCAAUAGGAAAUAGUAGCAUUUGUGACUUAUCCCUCAUCUCAAGUUUAAGUCAAAAUGACAUUAUGCCUGCAGGGUCUUCUUGCAUUUCUGAAGAACUUCCUCCUAUACAAAUUGAAGGGAACUCUAAGAAAGAUACUGUUAAGCCUCGGAAGCGUAAACGGGAGUAUCGCUGGCAGCGUGAAAGAAAACGUAGACAGUUGGCUGUUUUGGGAACGCCCCCUCUGCUUCCAUCUAGAGGAAGUAGUAGUACCUGUGAUAACUUACCCCUUGUCUCAAGUUCAAGUCAAAAUGACAUGGGUAACAUGGCUCCUUUAUUUUGCAAUUUGGUUUUCCAAAAUCAACCAAGGAUUAGUGGAAAUGCUGAGAUUGAUAGAAAGAACAUAUUCUAUAGGAUGGAGAAUUGUUCAUCAAUGCUGCCAAGGAAGCACAUUUUGUAUGCUCUAAGGCCUAAUGAUUGCGGUGCUUCCAUCUUGUUCAAUCAUAUCUUUGAAGCAUUUGGUCCUGACAAAAUUAAUGGGAGCACACCAUGCUGUCACACCGAAGAUGGUUCUACCGUCAAUUCCACCUGUUUGUAUCAUUCCCUUAAAGUGCUUCUGAAAAAGCUUAUACGCGAGACUCGAUAUUAUAGACAUGCGAGGCUGUUGGAAAAACACUGUUCUGUAGGAUCCUCAAACCAAGAUGCUAGUAGGGGAGCUGGCACUGGGCUUGAGGUUGCGAUGGUCCAAGAAGCCAAUACUGCUCAAGCUGAACCGGUUUUGGGUUGUCUCAAGCAUCAUCAGGUAGGAUCAUUCAUUUGGGCAAUUUGUAGGAGAAUAAUCCCUUCACCAUUGCUGGGAGAACCAUCUAACUGGAGAUGUCUGAGAAGAAACAUCUCAAAAUUCAUUUCGCUACGAAGAUUUGAGAAGUUCACACUGAAGGAAUGUAUUCAUAGAUUAAAAAUAUCCAAGUUUCCCAUCUUUUCAUAUAAGCAAAACUCGAGAUGCUGUAUUGGUAUCCCAGAUAAUUCCAGGCAUGCGAUCCUUGAAUGUUGGAUGCUUUGGGUUUUUACACAUCUAGUAUCACCACUGGUCCAAGCCAACUUUUAUGUUACAGAAAGUGAGCAUGAGAAGCAGGAGGUACUAUACUAUAAAAAGUCUACUUGGGAGAAGUUGAUGAGAGAAAAUGGGUGCAUGAUUGCUGGUCGGUAUCGUCUACUAGAUUUUGAGUCUGCUAGAAACAUAUUAGGGAAGAGAUCUUUUGGUUUCUCUAGGUUCAGACUACUUCCCAAGAGUAAUGGAUUCCGAAUGCUGACUAAUCUUCAAGCACCGUCAAGAAUACCUGUUUCCACACCUUCUAGAAUUCAGCCCAAUCAAAAUUCAUGGAGAAGAGCAUCUAGCAGCCACAGAGUUCAUAGGUUCUUUAAGUCUGUUAAUACAGUGCUUCAUGAUGUGUAUGCAGUGUUAAAAGGUUUACGGGAAAAGGAACCAGAAAAGAUGGGCUCAUCAGUUUUUAACUACAAUGAUGUCUACAAAAAGCUUGUGCCUUUCUUGUUCCAUCUGAAAAACGGGUCAAUUAGCCUGCCUGAUGUAUUCAUGGUGGUUUCAAAUGUGGCAAAAGCUUUUGACUCUGUAAAUCAUGAAAAAUUGCUCAGUGUGAUGAAGGAUGCCAUACGUGAUGAUGAAUAUACUUUGGAAAAGUUCACUCAAGUUGUUUGCACAGAUAAGUAUUUAAAGAUUGAGCCUCAUGUGAUGUUAGCACAUCAAGAUAUUUCCACUGCAUCUACAAGAAUGCAAUCAAAAUUUCAUGUCCAAUCAUCGGGUAGUAUUGUUCUUAAGGAGGAUGCAAGCUGGAAAAUAAGGAAGGAAAAUAUUCAUUCACUUUUGGAGGAGCACAUUAUGCGCAACAUGGUGCAGUUUAGGAACAAGUUUUAUCUUCAACAAGUUGGUAUACCUCAAGGGAGUGUUCUGUCAGCAUUACUGGGUUCAUAUUAUUAUGGACACAUGGAAAGGAAUGUAAUAUUUCCGUUCUUGGAGAAAGCUAAGAGGACCUCAUCGGUAACACAACAUUCUUCUGAUGGCACUUCAGUUUCAAGGGGCAACUGUCAAACUGAAAUAGCUGCACCUGGUUGUGAAUCUCUUCUGCUUAGAUACCUUGAUGAUUUUCUCUUCAUAUCAGUUUCAAAGAGGCAGGCGUCUAUGUUUUUCACCAGAUUGGAAAGAGGAGUUCGUGAUUAUAACUGCUGCAUGAAUAAGGAGAAAUAUGGUCUAAAUUUUAUCAUGGAAAAUCAACAAGGCCAACUGUCAAACAGGCUUCAUACCGGCAAAGACAAUAUCUCAUUUCUUCAAUGGAGUGGCCUCCUUGUCAACUGCUCUACAUUAGAAAUUCAAGCUGACUAUACAAGAUACUUGAAUCAUCAUAUGCGUUCAACACUAACAGUAUCACGUCAAGGCAAAGUGGGAAAAAACUUAAAAUCAAAGUUGAGAAGUUAUCUUAGGCCUAAAUUCCACCCUAUUUUAUAUGAUUCCAACAUCAAUUCUCCAGGGGUGGUUAGACUCAACAUCUAUCAAAAUUUUCUGCUUUGUGCCAUGAAAUUCAUUUGCCACCUCUCCAAUUUAUCAAUUCUACCGAAAUUUCACCCCAGAUUCCUGCUCAAAGCUAUAGAGACUUCUCUGAGGUACAUGAACAGGCUAAUCAGGAGGAGGAUGUAUUCUUUCAAAGGUGCUGAUUUUCGUCCCAGAUACAAUGUGAAAAGGAUUGAUGUGAUCUGGCUGGGGUUACACGCCUACAGCCGGGUGCUGCUGAAGAAGCACUUGAGGUUCAAGAGUCUGCUUUGUUUGCUCAGGGCCAAGUUGAAGGCUUAUGGUGAGGUGGAGAACAUGUCGUCUGAGCUCAAAUAUGCUGUUGAUCAAGUGCAUUCUUCUGUGCUUUGGAGCAUCAAAUAUUGAUUUUGUGAGGCAUGGGAUGACCUCUUCUUUAGGAGGUAUGUUUCUGGCGUAUAUCGAUGCUGCAGCAUCCUUUUCAGAUUAUGAAACUUGAAGUAAAUUCACUAGGUGCUAAUAUGUUAUGCUCUCGAGUCUCUCUUGUCAAUCUUGUACAUUCUCCACUAAAUAUUAUGCCAAUCGUGUAAAUUUUUGCCAAUUGUAUGCCACUCUGCUAAAUAUUAUGCUAAUCGUGUAUAUUUCCACUGUGUUUCAUAAUGCAUAAGGUGUUACUCUGUCA